AUGAGCAACCUAGCCUUGAAAUUAAAAGACGCAUUUCGAGAGCAAUUGUUUUGCGAUGUAAGACUUACACUACAGAACGGAAUCGUUUUAAAAUGUCAUUCAGUUGUGCUACUUAUAAACUCAGAUUUUUUCCAAGGCAGAUUGAGUGGAAGGUGGGACCAGAACACGACAAUUGACUGUACAACAUUUCCAUCUGAUAUUAUGACAAUACUUAUUAAAUAUUUGUAUGGCAUUAACCCAAGUUUAAAUAUAGAUGUAAUACCAGAUAUACUACAAGCAUGUGACUAUUAUGCCUUCAAUGAACUAAAACUUAAAUGUAUUACAUACAUUGAUGAAAACAUAAGUAGGGAAACUGUGUUUAGUAUUUUAGCUUUAAGCGAAGAAUUUACUUUAACCAAUAUUUCUACCAAGUGUCUGAAUUUCAUCGACACUGAAGUUGAAAAUUUACUUCUGAAUUUUCCAGAUGGAUUUUAUGAUUUACCGAUUAGCAUUGUUCUUAAAAUAAUAACUCGUGACAAUCUACAAAUACACGAACAAUUCCUGUUUGACUGUCUUAUUAUAUAUGAAGAAAAGUACAAGAAAGAUGAUAUUUGGAAACAGAUUAAAUAUCACGUUAGAUAUCUAUCUAUGUCCUUGGAAUAUUUUGUUUGUAAGGUAGUUCAGAGAAAUAUUUUACCUGCUGGUGUUACCAACAAAAUUUUACUGUAUUUAUCAUCAAAUGAUAAUGUCGAUUUUUCUGGUUGUAGCAUAAUUUCUUAUCCAAGGAACGUAGAUUCGGAAGGUGAUAUCUACGUAAAACGUUUUUUUGGAAAAAGUUCUGAUUCAUCAUGGGAACCGGACACAUUAGUAGAUGAUCGUCUUACUUUUUCUGUGAGCAGAAACAUUAAACUGAAAUCUGUAAUACUGUAUGGCAGUCCGAAUGAAUCAUUUAUAUAUUCACUGUCUAUCUACGAACAAAACGGUGAUCUAAUCCAGAAUUGUAAAACAAGGGUUUUGUUCCAAACAACUGUUUUCCCAAUUGUAUUUCCAAGGAAAAUAUCUCUAAGACCAGAUACAAAGUAUACUUUGGUUGCAAUUAAAACUGGACCAGCAAGUUACAGUGGCGUUGGAGGAGUUGGUAGCUGUAGGGUCCAAGUCCCUUCUGGAGAACGCCUUGCAGUUAAAUUUGAAAACUCUUUAGGGCUAUCAACCAUCGCAAAAGGCCAGUUUAAUGGCCUUGUGUUUUUAGAAAUUAUGUGA